CUGCUGCUGUUUAACAUGCAGGUUAGUCAGUGCUAUAUUCUCUACGCUAAGAAAUCAAGCAACUAUGUUUUGGUACUGCUGCCGAGCCCCCAGUAUCUGUUUGCCAUCGCAAUGAAUUGUAUUCACGUCUCGCGCUCUUUGCUGCUACUGUCGGGCGACAUAGAAACUAACCCCGGUCCUGACUCUAACGCUAUACUAACUGAACUAAAGAAGCUAUCCGCUGGGCAAUCCCAGUUAAUUAGCGAGAUUAAAGGUUUAAAAAGCGGACUAGACGAGACUAACAAUUCGAUUUCUGAACUAAACAGAAGAAUGCAUGCCGUCGAGAGCCACUGUCAACACAUCGAGGACCUGCAGCGCCAGGUUGAAACAUUUAAGACUUCUGCGGCCAUGACGACACGGGCAAUCUCCGAUAUAGAAGCGCGCAUCGAUGACGCAGAAAACCGAGCCCGCCGCAACAACCUUGUCUUCUUCGGUAUCCCCGACCCAAGUGCGUCUGCAUCCGCCGCUCAGGCAGAGGAAGAAAUCAUUCGGCUUUGCGCUGACCAAUUAAACAUAACCGUGCAUCCUGAGGCGAUUGAACGUGCGCAUCGUCUCGGCCGCCAUUCUGAUAACCGAAACCGUCCUAUAAUCGUAAAGUUCCUUUUUUAUAAAACAAAAGAAAAAAUUCUGUCUAAUGGCCGCAAGUUGAAAGGGACUAACUAUAGCAUUCGCGAAGACUACUCUCGUACUGUGCAGAAUGCCCGGAAACAUCUUUUGGCUUUUGCAAGGACCAAGUCAGCUGCAUUUUCAUUACGCUACAAAACUCUGUUGAUAGGAUCUGCUAAGUACAUGUACGACGAAACCACAAAAUCUGUAAAAGAAAUCCAAUAGCAAUCGCUGCAUCACCGUCAUCCAACACACCGUUCGAUAACGACAACCCGCCCUAACAGUACUAUUUCAGCAAUAUAUUCUAACAUACGUAGCUUCCUUUCCAAACGUGACGUUGUAUCUAAUCUGGUUUUAUCAUCUGGAUGUAACUUGUUGAUACUUACCGAAACCUGGCUA